CAGUUUUAUAAAGAAGAUAGUUGGAAUACGGAAUAGAAGAAGAAUUUGGUUAGAAUUAGUUUACGUAACUUAUUCGUCUUGGUUUCUCUUUAGUAGUUUAAAUUAAAAAGCUCUAGGAAUCUUAAAAAUAUGUUCAGAACUACAGCUGUACGAGCUCAAUCACUUUUGAGAACGGCCCUUGUUGCAGCCAGACCAAAUGGAGCAGCAACCACAAGAUUGAUGUCGAGCCACAGUACUGAAACUGAUGAACAAUUCGACAGCAGAUACGAGAAUUUCUUCAACAAAAAGGAUAUUGAUGGUUGGGAAAUCAGAAGAGGUAUCAACGAUUUGUGGGGCCACGAUCUUGUUCCCGAGCCAAAAAUUCUUAUUGCUGCACUAAAAGCGUGUCGUAGAGUAAACGACUUCGCCCUGGCAGUCAGGAUUUUGGAAGCCAUUAAAGACAAAUGUGGUAGCAAAGUGAAUGAAAUUUAUCCCUACCUGCUACAGGAAUUGCAACCCACUUUAAAAGAAUUAGGACUUAGCACACCUGAGGAGCUUGGUUUUGACAAACCAGAAUUGCAUGUAGAGUCUGUUUUCCACAUGUAAUUAUGUAAUCUAGGUAUUUUAUGUUCAUUAAAUGUAGCUUCUCUUAAAUCUAAGACAAUUUAAAUAAAUAAUAAAAAAAUAUAUGAAUAGUCAUUUAUUAAGAUUGUGUUAAUAAUUGGUUAUGAUUUUCUAUUAUGUUAACACAUGUGUCUUUAAACUAUCGGGUUGGCAGGUGAAAAAAUACUUUGGACCUUUGAGCCAUUUCCUUGUGAUUUCAAAUGAAAAACGAAGUAUCAAUAUCCUUUAUUUUUUAAAAUGAAAACACUUUGUAAAACAUGAAAUUUAGAGAAAAAUUACUAAAAAAAAAUCUUUAAAAUAAUACAAUAAUUUUUUAAUGAAUUUUUCACAUUAUAAUCCUUAUCCCUACUGUCUUGAAAGUUUGUAAAUGGAAAUAUCAAUUUAUUCAGCUUUUUUUUUAACUCUAGCAAGAACAAAAAAAAUGUCUCUUUUUUGACAGUUUUUAAUGGCAAUUCGGUUCUUUCGUUCAUCCCACUGGUGUAGGAAUGAACUACACCAACCCACACCAUAACUUUCAUUUGGCCCAGUAUGAAAUCCACUACACCUUCAUGUCGCUGAUGUGAUGUCCACUGGUGGAUAGGUUCUCCACCAGCUAUUUACUGGGAGUGAAUUACACUCAACAUGUGUAUCAGGAAUAAGGAAGAAGUAAACUAGGUAAAUAAGGUGGUGUAAUUUACACUGGUGGACACUGCACCAACAGCGAAUGAAAGAACCUAUUAUGUCUUGCUCCAUUUGAAAUUUCAAAAUUGACUGUAUAACUGUAUAAGUUUGUAUAUGUUCUAUACAGCGCCUGCUAGACCAAACCUUUGGUUCUACUUUACUUGUAAUGAAGUAAAUGGUGUUUACAUGUACAGAAGAGGAAAGGAUGUGGUAUCAAUGUUGCCUAGUUACAGGUUAAUAGCAUACUACAUUGAUACUGUUUGUUUCUUUUCCUGCAUGUGAGAACCAUUUAUUAUUCACUCCAAUACAAGAAAAGCAGGACUGAAAGUUUAAUUUUGCCUGCACUGUAUGUGGGCCAUUGUGAUUAGUCAACCCUUUUACAGUGGCUGCAGUUUAAAACUAAUAGUAUAGAGCUGUAGUAAGCAUAUAGCAGAAGU